AUGGCUUCGCGAAGGUCUCUAGGAGGAGGCCGCGUCUUGGGCAGCGGCCGCGAACUGUCGCCCGCCGUCAUUCCCCAGCGCCCGCACCAGCUCACGCCCUCGGAAAGCUCCCUGUCACUGGCUUCCAGUUCACACACAUCCACCACCGAAACAGACGACAUCGCGUCGAGAGUCGCCCUCGACGCAAACAAUGGCCCCGUCGGUGCGGCCGCCGCCAGCUCGCGUCUGGUCUGUCCCAUCUGCAACGAGGACAUGGUCACUCUCCUACAGCUCAACCGUCACCUCGACGACAAUCACCAGAACCUGCAAGAAGUCGAGCAGGAUGAAGUCAAGAACUGGUUCGAACAACAGAUGAAAAAGGCGAAGCGUUUCCAGCCACUUGCCGUCCUCAACCAGAAGCUCAAGGGCCUCGACGUCUUCGAAUCAAACGCUGUUGCCCCUACUUCGCUCGUCUCCACUACUCCACCUCGUACCGCCAACCAUGCGCAUACCACCUCCGCCUCCGCCUCCGCUUCCCUGCCUGAGACGAGACCCGAUCCAGAUGACGUCGUCACAAAAGCACACUGGCAACGCCCUUCAGUCCACGAUUCUUGCUCGGACCCUCUGUGCGGAAAGCGGCUUGGAAACACCAAUGGCAGCAUCAACUGCAGACAUUGCGGAAGACUCUUCUGUGAGGAGCAUACCAUGUAUCAGAUGAGGCUGUCUCGCUCCGCACAACACGAUCCCGUGCGUGGCUUGUGGUGUCGCGUGUGCGAGACGUGCUACAAAAGUCGUCCGGGCUACAACGACCACUCUGGACUCGAGCGCAACCACACCGCUGAAUUCGCUGCUAUCCGUAGACGCACUGUAGACAAAGCAUAUCUUGAGGUCAGUCGAUUGGAGAAGCGCCUCUCGAGGUUGACUCAGCUUCUGGCCAACCCGCCGCCGCCUGAGAACGACCAAAGUACUAGUAGCUUCUUGUGGUCUCUCACUGGUCCCAAGACACAUAUUCGCUCCUUGGAACAGUCUGUCGUGACCUGGGAAGAUGAUGCUUGCGUUCAACACUGCCCAUUUUGCCAACAGCAAUUCUCACAGUACUCUUUCCGCCGUCAUCAUUGUCGAAUAUGCGGUCGAGUAGUGUGCGGUGAUCCAGCCACAAAUUGUUCGACCAAAAUCGGUCUGAAUGUUGAUGCACCCCUCACGAGUAAUGGCCUGGAGAAAUCUGUCGGUCAAGUGGCCGUCGACGUGCGCAUGUGCAACGACUGCCAACAUACCAUCUUCAGCAAGUCUGACUUUGCUCGCCAACUCUCUGUACAGCCUCCAGAUCAGCGCGCUUACGAGAAUCUCGUCCAAUUCGAACGUGGUAUUCGUCUUCUUUUACCCAAGUUCCAAAAACUUCUUCAAGCGUUGCAAGAUCCUGAGAAGGCCCCGACGCCAGCCCAACUCACUGACGCCACUAAAGUGCGCAGACGGCUCAUGGACGCAUUUACACAAUAUGACGUCGCAGCGAGACGUAUUAGAGAUCUUCCAGCUGACAGUCCGACUCAGGAGCGUCUGCAGAAGGCCGUCUAUGCACAAGCAACCACUUUCUUACACUUGCACAUGCUUCCCCUCAAAUCGUUACCUAAGCUGCUUCAACAUGCCACGCCACACGGCAAACCGCGACCCAAGUCGUCAGCUGAUCCCUUGGCCGCCAUCAGAAACGAUCAGGUCAGGCCUCAAGGAAGUCGAGCAAGUAGCUCUUCAUCUGCUCAAAUCACCGCUCUCGAAGCCGAGGAGAAGGAACUGCGAGAGCGUAUGAUUGUUCUAGAAGAACAAAAGUUCUUCGUAGAAGGCAUGAUUGCAGAUGCCAACAAACGAAGGAGAUUCGAUGAGGUAGCCAGUCUGGCUGGCAACGUUGAAGACUUGAGUAGGGAGAUUGAUCAACUACAAGGUCAGAUUCAAGGCAUGGAUUUCGCUGGCGCUUACGCUGUCGGGCAGGAGAUUUGA